AGAUAAUGGUUAUCAGAAUCAUCAUCUCGUCAGCUGGUGUCUGGCAUCUUAAAUUGCAGAGUAAUACAGUACUAUUUGCAAUUUCAGGUGGAAAUUUGGGAACAUGUUAAUGUGAACGACAAGAGCAGACGGAGCAAUAAUUUAAUCCGGCGUCACGCUGGCGAGUGUCGACUAGUGUGCCUCCUGUCGCGAAAGCUCCGUCUUUUCCAGAGUCAAAAGCGAGCCCGUGAGCCGCCGCCGCCGCCGCGCUCCGAUCUGGAUCACCCGCGAAGAUGGAAUCCCUUCCCGUCGCCGUGGUCACCGUGCCGUUCCCGGCGCAGGGCCACCUGAACCAGCUCCUGCACGUGUCGCUGCUGCUCGCGGGGCGGGGGAUCCCCGUGCACUUCGCCGCGCCGGAGCCGCACCUCCGGGAGGCCCGCGCGCGCGUGCACGGCUGGGACGCCGGCUCCCUCCUCGCCCUCCGCUUCCGCGCCCUCGACGUCCCGGCGCACGCGUCCCCGGACCCCGACCCGUCCUCGCCGUUCCCCACGCACAUGCAGCCCCUGUUCGAGGCCUUCUGCGACGGCGGCGCCGCCCGGGCCUCGCUGGCCUCGCUCCUGCGGGAGCUCUCGGCGUCCCACCGCCGCGUCGUGGUCCUGCACGACCGCAUGGCGGCCUUCGCGGCCGUCGAGGCCGCGCGGCUGCCCAACGGGGAGGCGCUCGGGGUGCACUGCCUCGCCGCGUCCUACAACGUCGGGUGGAUGGACCCCGGCCACCGCCUCCUGCGGGAGCACGGGAUGGUGUUCCACCCGGCCGACGCCUGCGCGACCAAGGAGUUCGUGGCGCUCGCCAAGCGGAUGGGCCUGGAGCGCCGCCGCGCGCCCGGCGCCGGCAUGGUCGUGAACACCUGCCGCGCGCUCGAGGGCGAGUUCCUCGACGUGCUCGCCGCCCAGAGCGCCUCCUCCUCCGACGGCCACACGCUGUUCGCCAUCGGGCCUCUGAACCCGGUGCUGCCCGGCACCGACGCGGCCGCGGCCGCGCAGGCUCCGGCGGAGCGACACGAGUGCCUGGAAUGGCUCGACACGCAGCCGCCGUCGUCGGUGCUGUACAUUUCGUUCGGCACGACGUCGUCACUCCGGGCAGAGCAGGUGAGGGAGCUGGCCGCAGCGCUGCGCGACACCAACCAGCGGUUCGUCUGGGUGCUGCGCGACGCCGACCGCGCGGACAUGCGCGAGUCGGGCGGCGCGCGCGGGCUCGCGGACGCGGCUGCGGCCCUGCUCGGCGAAGCAGCGGCUCAGGGGACGGGCGUGAUGGUCACCGGGUGGGCACCGCAGCUGGAGAUCCUGGCGCACGGCGCGACGGCGGCCUUCAUGAGCCACUGCGGGUGGAACUCGACGGUGGAGGGGCUGAGCCACGGGAAGGCCAUCCUGGCGUGGCCGAUGCACAGCGACCAGCCAUGGGACGCGGAGCUGGUGUGCAAGUACCUCGGGGCCGGCGUCCUCGUGCGGCCAUGGGAGGAGCGGGGGGGCGUCACGCCGGCGGCCGCCAUCCGCGGGGCCAUCGAGAGGGCGAUGCGAUCGGAGGAAGGGGCGACGGUCCGGGAGCGGGCGAGGGCGCUCGGGCAGGCCGUUCGCGCCGCCGUGGCCGACGGCGGGUCCUCGCGCCGGGACCUGGACGACCUCGUGGCGUACGUGACGAGGUGACGGACCGAUCGACGCCUCGACGGCGCGGCAAGCCGGCCAUAGAUGGGCAACGUGGAGCUGUCAAGUUAAAGGUCCAUGGCUGUUUACCACUAGGUGAAAUUGUGACGGCGUGGAAGGAAUACUAAGAGUGACAUGACUGUCGUCGAGUCGAGCUAACCAGUGUCAUCGCAUCACAACCAGAGACUCCCUGGCAAUGUUUCCCUGCUACCUAGACCUAGAUCCACAACCAGAGAAAUACUACGACAUAGUUGGAGAAAUUUGACCGUAUUGAUA